GGAAAAGGCGGAGUUCAUGCCAAAAACGAAACCGAGAGCAAACUCAGAGGGUAGGCUCGGACUGAUUGGAUUGCAGCGGCGUCUGUCGUGGACUGGAGUGGAUGAGCUGCGCUGCCUGAGCCAGGUUACUGGAAGAAGAAAUGGACAACGAAAAGAAAGGUUUCUACAUAGAAGAACUUAAUAAAUAUCGUCAGAAACACAACGUAGAACUGAAAUAUCAUGAAUUGUCCCGGUCGGGGCCUCCACAUGAACAAACGUUUACAUUUAAAGUUACAAUAAAUGGAAGAGAAUUUCCAAAAGCUGAAGGAAAAUCAAAACAGGAAGCAAAAAAUGCUGCGGCCAAAGUAGCUGUUGAAACACUUAAUAAAGAAAACAAGGAAGUUGGCUCUGUACCAUUGGAAGCUGUGGAUCCCUCAGAGGGUCUAUACCUUGGGAAUUACAUAGGCCUUCUCAAUCGUCUUGCUCAGAAGGAAAGACUAAAUGUGAAUUAUGAACCGUGUAAACUGAGUAAGAGGGAGCCUGGCAGAUUUUACUAUAAAUGCAAAAUUGAAGAAAAAGAAUACGGUACUGGCAUUGGUUCUACUAAACAGGAGGCAAAGCAAUUGGCUGCCAAACUUGCCUAUGAUCAGUUAAUGGCAACUAACCCUACCUCCCCUGGUUCUUCUGUGACUACAUCUACUGACUUCAGAAGUGCUCGUUCAGAAGCACCCAUGAGUACUUUUAACUCACCACUGGGAAAUUGCCACUCAGCAACUGUACCAGGAAAACAACAAGAUCAGAACGGUUUAAAUGGUUCUCCGUCUUCAUCUCCUGUGAAUGCCAGAAGUAAUGAAAUAAAGGAAAAAAGGAAUUUGGCACCUACUGUUGACUCCCUUGAUAAAGAAGCAACCAAAUAUACUGCGGAUGACAGGUUUACCAAAGAUUUUAAAGAAAUAGAACCGAUUGGCUCUGGUGGAUUUGGCCGAAUUUUCAAAGCAAAACACAGAAUUGAUGGAAAGGUCUAUGCUAUCAAACGUGUUAAAUAUGAUAAUGAAUUUUAUGCCCCAUAA